AUGGCUGAAGAUGACGCUGUUGUCACCAAUAGCUGCGCCUACUCGCUGCGCAAGAGGAAGCGACCAGUGAAAGUAGAGCAGGUGGAGUACUACGAAGAUGGUGUCAGCGAGCCGGAGUUAUUCCGAGUGGAAGACGAGGCUAGGGCCUGGGACAUGUUCUACAAGGAUGGGCGGCAGUCCGAUGAACCGUUCUCGGGAGUCAACGCAAAGGACGCCGUAUCGAUGAUACACACAGCCAUCAGACGUAUACGCUCUCAGCCCUUAGUCGAUAACCGCGACGUCAUAAUGGAGGUCGGGCACGGCAAACACCCCCUGAUCUGGGACCUGCAACGCACAUUCAAGAACUUUGGAUCCUACACCGGGAUAGAGUUCAGCGGAGACAGCAUUCUAGAGGCGAUCAAGCUGCGACAACGUAACUUUGGGAGCCCGGAUGCGUCGGAUUUCGCUGACAACAUCGAAUUCCUCCGCGCAACCAGUGUCAACUACUUCAACCCCGACGGCUCAUGUAACGCGGAGGUCAUAAUUCCGUCGGACAGGAAUACGCCAACAUUAACAGCAGGAACGGUUACUCUGGUGCUGGCGAAGAGCACGCUGGACUACCUAACGUGCAGGCUCACUGGAAGCGUGGCGACGCUGGACUGGGAUGAAAACCCGAGGAUAUCCCCUUCCGUCGUCGAAAUGUUCGACAGCUUCUCUACCGCAUUGGGUAGCGUUACCGAGGACCGGCGUAAGGCCGUUAUUUUUGUUGAACCAGGGGAUUUUGUCAAGUUCCGCGAUCACAUUGGGACCAUCGCACGCGUCAUAUACGACGCAACAUUCCGCAGAAACUCGCCUGCCAAGUGGCUGCGGCUCACGCAUGUACGCAGGAACAAGGCGCACAAGGCGGUCAUAUACACCUUAGAGAAGACGGAACACGCCUAUGACAGUUACCGGGAGAUACGUGCCGAUAUACUACAUACAACUGCGAGGCUUUACGAAGUCAGUGAAGUUCAAGACGACGACUGGCUGCUGCCUAUCACGGUUCCUCCAAAGUGGAACACCCACAGCCAUGGUGACGUCGAGCAGCUCUCGGCUAUAUAA